AUGGAAAGCCAGUGCAAAGCAGCACCGGCCGUCAAGCCGAUCGAGAAGAAGAAGAUGCCAGUACAGCCACGUCCCAAUCUCGUGAAGGUCAACAAGUCUGCGAAGCCUUUGCAGAAGAUGGCUGGUGAAGGGCCUUGUGGGCCGGGUUCGGGACUGCGUGGCCCACCGCCACCGAAGGCAAUCAACAAAGCAGCGGCAGCCAGCUCAUCUGGACUGCAGUUGCAGACGUUGGGGCCUCAUGCAUAUCUAUGCUUAAGUUGCUGCAAUGUUGUUCCAACUAGUGGUUUGAGUUUUUUUCCCAGGUCGAGCCCCCGAGCAACGGCCGCGCCGCCAGCUGUGAAGGGCGAGUCGAUCAUGAGGACUGCAUCUGCAUUAGACUUGUUUUUUUUGGUUGAUGCAUUUGUCCUCCAUGGCAGGAUGCCUGGCUUCGGUGACAUCUUGCCACCUCCUCCACCGGUUCUGCCUAAGUGUGGGUCUAAGCUCAAACAAAAUAUGCAUGUUGAUGCAUGCCAGUUCAAUGGUAUUGCAUGGCUCUCAUUUUCGAGGAAGCGAACCUGGACCAUGACCUUCACAGAGGAGUACUAG